AUGUCUCAAUCUGAUAUCGAGGCUGCUACAGCCCUCAAGCUACAAGGCAACCAGUCCUUUGCACAACAUGACUGGCCUGCAGCCCUGGAUUUCUAUACUCGUGCCAUCGAGCUGUAUGAUAAAGAGCCGUCAUUCUACUGUAACAGAGCACAGGUAAAUGUUAAGUUGGAAGCGUUUGGAUUUGCAAUUGCAGAUGCAACCAAAGCUAUCGAGCUAGAUCCUACAUACGUCAAGGCCUACUGGCGCCGAGCAGUUGCCAACACUGCGAUCCUCAACUCCCGUGCAGCCCUCAAAGACUUCAAGACGGUGGUGAAAAAGGCCCCACACGACCGUGAUGCAAAGCUCAAGCUAGCAGAGUGCGAAAAGCUCGUACGGCGCAUCGAAUUCGAGAAAGCUAUCGAGGUCGCGGAUCCUCCGUCAGCGUUCGAGGGACUGAAUAUUGAAUCAAUGGUCGUGGAUGAUAAUUACGAUGGUGUACGACUAGGAGAUGAAAUGACCCAGGAGUUUAUCGAUGAUAUGAUUAAACGAUUCAAAAAUGGGAAGCAGAUACAUAAGAAGUAUGCCUUCCAGAUAGUGAAGGCGGUGCGAGAUAUUGCAUACAAUGAGCCUACCAUGGUUGAGACUGGCGUUAAUGAGGGCUCUAAAUUGACUGUCUGCGGCGAUACACAUGGCCAAUUUUUCGAUCUCCUCGAAAUAUUCCGCCUUAACGGCUUCCCCUCCGAUACACAUUCUUAUCUCUUCAACGGUGAUUUCGUUGAUCGUGGCAGCUGGUCCUGUGAAAUCGCCCUUCUUCUCUACGCCUACAAAUGGAUGCGCCCCAACUCCUUCUUCCUCAACCGUGGCAACCACGAAACCGAUGACAUGAACCGCGCAUACGGCUUUGAGGGUGAAUGCAAAGCCAAAUAUUCCGAACGGCUAUUUAAAGUCUUCUCCGAAUCCUUCAGUGCACUCGCCCUUGCAACACUGAUAGGAGAGAAAUACCUUGUUCUCCAUGGUGGUCUAUUUUCUGACGACAAUAUCUCUCUAGCCGAUAUCAGAGCACUGAACAGACACAAUCAGCGCCAGCCGGGCCAAUCAGGCUUGAUGAUGGAAAUGCUCUGGACUGACCCGCAGGUAGAACCUGGCAGGGGUCCUAGUAAGAGAGGCGUCGGUAUGCAGUUUGGUCCUGACGUCACGAAGCGGUUCUGCGAGAAGAACGGCCUUGAAGCUAUCAUUCGAAGUCAUGAGGUCCGCAUGGAAGGUUAUGAAGUUGAACACGAUGGAAGAUGUAUUACUGUCUUCUCUGCGCCUAAAUACUGCGAUAGCACAGACAACAAGGGUGCAUAUAUCAACAUUGGGCCGGAGCUGAAACUUGAUUUCCACAAGUUCGACGCCGUUCCACAUCCUGAUAUCAAGCCAAUGGCCUAUGCCAACAACUCGAUCAUGUCGCUCAUGUAA